GCAUAGCAAUAAGCAAUUAAGCAUUCAUCCCAAAAACACAAACACUAUGGGAAGAAAGCUUAAUGCACUCCUUGGCCGGGGAUUCAAGACCUCUAAGCUUAAAACCGUCAUAAACCUCGCCAUCUCCCGCCUAGCCAUCCUUAAAAACAACCGCCAUGCUCGCUACACCAUAGCACACUCCGAUCUUAUUCAACUCCUCCGCCUUAACCACCACCACCAAGCCCUCCUUCGGGUUGAGCAAGUGAUCAAGGACAAGAACAUGUUACUUGUAUAUGAUAUGAUACAUGACUAUUGCCAUCUUCUCAAACAAAAAGCCAGCCUCAUAGAACAAGCAAAUUAUUGUCCGGAAGAGCUAAAAGAGGCCGUUUCGAGCCUGUUAUACGCAGCUCCAAGAUGUGGAGAGUUCCCUGAACUCAAAGAGAUCCGGGCAAUCCUGACCGCUCGUUUUGGAAAGGAAGUUACUGAUGGUGCUACUGAGUCAAGACAUAACAGUGGAGUUUGUCAAAAAAUGAUACAAAAACUGUCGUCAAAGGAGUUGAGUUUGGAGAACAGAACGAUGAUGUUGACAGAAAUCGCUAAAGAAGACGGUAUAGUUUUGCAACUAGACACGACGGUUUUACCAGAAACGGUUGAAAAAGUUUCGAGUUUGUCUGAAUCAGUGUCAUAUUACUCCAUGAAGUCAAAUCUUGACAUGAGUGACUCAAGUCCAAGAUGUGAUUCUGAAUCGGACGAUGAUGAGAUUAUUGAAGAAGAAGAAGAAGAAGGUGAAAGAUCAGCAUACGACAUGAAAGCGGAAGAAUAUGAGGAUUUGUAUUCAGAUGAUUAUUCGGAUGACGAUAAUAUAAAGUCAUUCGAGAAGAUGGAUUUCGAUGCAAGCAGGUAUAAGAUUGAAAAAGAAGAAACAGGAUUUCCGUCUAGGACUGUAUACUUCUCAUCUUAUAAGCAGUUUCCGUUCAGGCAUCGUGUUGAAGAUGCACUGUGUGCAACAACUGGAUCAUAGGCGUCGUGAGUGUUGUGGUGAUUAUGUAGAUUGGUUUCUUUCAUUUUUAUUUUGAUUAUUUUUUAAGGAGUAGAGGGUUUCAUUUUUGAAGUGGUUAUGUAGCAAGUCACAUUCUUUUUAUUAACUUUCUGCAAGAGUAACAUAUUUAACAUAAAGAGUGUUAGUAGAGGUAUCAA